UGACGUAGGAUGCACAGGAUGAGGCGGGGCUCUACCAUCAGCUUUGUGCAUCGCUCUGAGAUCCAGAGAGCCAUCCGAGCUCACACUGAGCCGUGUGUGUGUGAUUGACAGCUGAGGGAGUGUGGGUAAAUAUGAGUACGGGCAGGUCGGAUACAAGCUCCAAGCGGAAGAGGUCGACGCCACAAAAGUUCAAGAGCAGAAAGAUAUUUGCUUCUUCGAGACAUGACAUCUUAGAGCAGCCAGAGUUCUCCCGGGCCAGAGAUGGAGAGGCUCAAGAGAACCAAAUGAGCUUGUCAAAACUCCCCGUCACUUUGCAGAACAAAGAGAACAUGCCAGAGAAAUGUCCGAAUGGAUCGGUGACAUCACCCAGAGGGAGAGGACGGCCGAAAGGGAGCAAGAACAAGACCUUCCCUAGCUUACCUACUAAGGUAUAUGACGUCCGCGAGGGGAAGGCUGCUGCAUACGCAGAGAGUGACUUUACAAGCGAUUCUCUAAACAUUGUGGUCAUACCGCACAGAGGUAGAGGGAGACCUAGGGGAAGCACAAAGGUGAAACCGGACGGUGAAGAAGGUGCAAAGAGAUCCAGAGGGAGGCCGAAGGGAAGUAAAAAUAAGAAGCCAUCAAAGGCCACUCUAAUGAAAAUGAUUGCAUCAGGAGGCAAAAUAGGAAGGGGUAGACCUCGAAAAACCUCAUAUACCAAUGAUAUGAAUGAAGGCCUGACCCCGAAACGUGGAAGAGGCAGGCCAAAGGGGAGUUUGAACAAAACUAUAACUUCGAAAAGGGUAGCUCCUUUGUCAGGGACCCUUGGGUUAAAAAAGAGAGGACGCCCAAAGAAGAUGAUUAUAUUGCACCACUCUGGUAUAUUGUCUCUAACUCCAAAAAGACCAAGAGGGAGACCGAGGAAGAAGGGGAGCUUUUCAGAAACUCCAAGUCAGGAUAAUCAGGAUGAUCAGUCCGCACUUAUGUCAGGGACCUUUGAAGUUAAAAAGAGAGGACGCCCAAAGAAGAAUAAAUUGCACAAAUCUACUUUAAUAAUGUCUUUAACUCCAAAAAGACCAAGAGGUAGACCAAGGAAGAAGGGGAGCUUUUCAGAAGUACCAAGUCCAGAUCAAGAGUUGGCUCCUGUGUCAGGGUCCUUCGAGGUUAGAAAGAGAGGUCGCCCAAAGAAGAUUUCAUUGCACCACCCUACUAUUGUACUGUCCUUCGGCCCAAAAAGACCAAGAGGGAGACCGAAGAAGGGGAUCUUUUCAGAAGUGCCAAGUCAGGAUCAAGAUCAGGAUCACGAUCAAGAUCAAGACCGGGAUCAGGAUCACGAGGUGAAAAGUUCGGAAUCAAACACAGAGGAUGAAGAUGAUAUUGACAGCGAGGAAGGCAAUGAAAAUGACAAUGACCAUGGCAAUGAUCAUGACGACGAGGAGGAGGAGGAUGAGGAUAAAUAAGUUCACAAACUUGGCAGAGAACUGGAAUCCCUCUGAUGACCAGCCCACAGCAACGUGAAUUUAGAGCUGAAACAACUUGUCCAAAGAGACAACUUUUUGUAUUAGCGGGGCAGUGUAAAAUGAUGUACAUUUCCAUGUGUAGUGACGUUUUUAAAGUUGUGCGAUUUCCAGUU